AUGAGCUCAUCGCGUCGAACGAGCCGGAAGGUCAUGGAUGUGGAGAAGAAUUCCGAGGCUUUACUGGCGGAGCAGGCAAGAUCCUACCAGAUCGAGCUCUUCGAAUUCGCCAAGAAGCACAACACCAUCGUGUGUUUAGGGACCGGUACCGGCAAAACGUUCAUUUCGGUUCUGUUGGUGAAACAUUUCGAACACGAGGUAGCUGGACCCUGGAUAGAGGGCUCAUACGGUGAGCCCAUCGGGAAGAGAACAGUCUUUCUCGCUCCCAGCGUACCUCUCGUCGAGCAACAAAGCGCCGUCCUGGCUCAGCACAUGACCGUGAAAGUGGCGUCUUACGUCGGGUCCAUGGAUACGGAUCGCUGGAGUUCGGAGAAUUGGAACCGAGAGUUCAACGAAAACGGGGUGCUGGUGAUGACCCCCGAAGUUUGCCGGAUCGCAAUCGAUCAUGGAUUCUUGCCUAUGGAGAAUAUCAAUCUGCUGGUCCUCGACGAGUGUCACCGAGCCACCGGAGACGAUCCCUACGUUAAGAUUAUGGAGAAUUAUGCGAAUCUCGGUGACAAAUCACGGCGUCCAAGGAUACUCGGACUGACAGCGUCAGUAGUAAACGCGAAGGUUCAAGGUUUCGAAGUUCAAAAAAAAAUUAGAGAUCUAGAGGCUUGCUUGGACUCGGUUGCGAAAACCUCGAGUUUGAGCGCUCAGAACUUCGGAACCAAGCCGACUGAGAUCAUCGUCACGCACCAUCCUCACGAUGCUGAGAAACAGCUUCCCAUCGAUGCCGCGAAGAUGGCCCUGUUGGAGGAUUGCGCCGAUUAUACCGAAUUCCGCAGGAACAUGAAAGCUCUCGCUAGCACCUACCACACAUGCGGCCCAUAUUGUGCGAAGGUACUCGUUGAAUUCAGGGAGCGAGAAUUGCAAAAGGCCCUACAACUUCCAGAUUGUGCUCAAGGUUUCAAAGACCACGCACAUAUCAAAUUCGAAAUCUUCAAAGAACUCUACGAGUUUCUUGGCGAUUGUCCGUCGCUUCACGACGUACCGCCGCGGAUGACGAGACUUCUGGAGGUCAUAAGGCGGUUCGAGAAAACGAACCUGUCGGCCGUCGUGUUCGUCAAGGAACGCCUCGUGGCUUACGUUCUCUACAACUGGAUGCGACAGCUGUCUGUCGAAGACAGCUCGUUCGCCUUCAUCCGCUGUUCGUUCAUCGUCGGUCAGGCUCAGAUCAAUUAUGCUCGGGAAAUUGACCCAGAGAGUUUGAAAAUGAAUUCCAAAGCUCAGAACAAGGUGAUGAAAAACUUCCGGAACGGCGAAUAUAACCUCAUGUUCGCUACCUCAGUCAUCGAAGAAGGUAUGGAUGUACCCGCGUGUAAUCUCAUCAUUCGAUUCGAUCCUCCGAUGGACGUCCGCUCUUACACGCAAUCGAAAGGUAGAGCGCGAGCGAAACCCUCGUUGUACGUCGUGCUCAGCUCCGAGAGCGAUCGCCUCAUGACUGAAGCGCUCCUGGAUUCCUACCAAGAGACGGAGCAGCUAGUCAUGAAGUGUUGUGGAACCGAGCGCAUCGCCCCAACAGCCUUCGAGACGGCGGAAAAGUUCGUGGACGACCCCGACCUGCCACCGUACGUCUACGGCAGAGCCCGCAUCACGGCCAAGAGUGCAAUCAGUAUCAUAUAUGGAUACUGUCAACGAUUCAUGCGAUUGAAAUAUCCGAACCUUUUCCCAUUCUUCGAUAUGGAGGAAACACCCGAUGGCUUCGUAUGCACUCUGAGCAUGCCCAUCGUCUGUCCCGUGAAAGAGAAAAUCUCGAAUAGAGCUCGUCCUUUCCCGAGUAAAGAUAAAGCGAAGUCCUACGUCGCUCUUGAAAUGUGUAAACGCCUCCAUCAGUGUGGGGAACUAGCCGAUAACCUUCUUCCUCGGAGAAUGUACACCAACCUUUACAAGCUCCAUACGCGACCCGAAGACGUGAAUCCGAAAGAAGAUUUGAAAAAGGAGAUGCUAGUCACCCGGUGUAAAGCUGGAGAAAAGAAACGUUACGUGCUCCCUCGAAAACGAGCUAGCAUUCUCGAGCUCAAAGAAGAGGGGGUGGACUGCGAUCCUCUUGACACCUAUCAUUUAUACGUGAUCAGAACAGAAGUCGUGUCCUGGACCGCAAAGGAACAAAACUGGCGCGGGGACCCUGUGUUCGAUCCCGUGAAAUAUCCAACCUGGCUCGCCAUUGUCUUGCGAUCGAAGAGUAACGAAAUGCAGAGCGUCCCCAAGUUCCCUAUAUUCACCAGAUCCGGAGAGGAGUGCGUCUCAUUCGAGUACGCCGGUGCCCAAAUCUUCGACGAUGAGCUGAAGAGCCUUUGUGCAAGAUUCAAUCGAUACGUGUUCUCGAUAGUCUUAGACGUGAAAGACAAUUUGUUGAAUCCAGUCGCCGGUUUCAACACGCCGUGUUUGGUUCCGGUCGAUGAGAUCAAUGGCAGCGGACGGUACAGCAUAAACAUGGAUGUCCUCUGGAACAUCGGCAGACUACAGCCGCCAAAUUUCGAUAAUUUCGAGUUCAGAGACGAAGACUACGACGACGCCGUCGUAGAGCUUCUGUAUCAUAUUAAUGAAAACCAGAAGGAGUUGAGCAGAGAGGUCCAUUCGAGAACUCCUCAGGACGUCUACAGCCGCUUCUAUGUUACGAAAACCAGGGCAGUCGGCGAGGACGGCCAACCUUUGACUCCGAACUCGACGGGGUAUUAUCAGUUCGACGAGUCUCUGAGUUUUGCUGAGUAUGGGUUCAGGAGGACGCGCCGCACGGGUCCCGAGGGACUCUUGGAGGCCUUUCAACCAGUUCUCGAGGUGGAGCAUGCUCACAAACGUUUGCGUAUGCUCAAACCUCGCUCUUCGGAUCAGCAAGAGAAGAAACAAAAGUACCUGAAAGACGUAGUGAUGAAGUACGUCCUCCCUCAGUUUGUGGCCGUGCACAAAAUCAAAGCGAGUCUCUGGCGGAAAUUGACUUCGAUACCCACGAUCGUACACCGCUUGAAUCGACUCCUGCUCGCCGAGGACGUCAGACGUGACAUUGCGCUGGCGUGCCGCCUGAAACCAGCCUCUCCGUCUGGACAGAAAUGGCCAUACAUGGAAUUCGUGAGCCCCACGAAAGCGAAAUUGAAGGAGAUGAAUCUGAGGGAAUUCGACGCCCUGGUCUGGAGCGCGGAUCGCAGUUUCGAUGAGUCGAAACUGCGCUUUAGGGACAUGGCUCAGCCCGACCUCGAAAACUGCUUGGGACCUUCGCCCUGUGAUUUAAUGAAAGCUUUAACGACGAGAGGAUGCGAGGAAAUCUUCGAUCUUGAGCGUCUCGAAUUGUUGGGUGACUCGUUUCUGCAAAUCGUUUCCACGUUCGCCGUCAUGGAUUGGUAUCCGGAUAAGAGCAUAAGCGAACUCAAUGUUCUUCGUCAGUACGAGGUCAACAACAGUCACUUGUUGUAUCGAGCUCACGAAAAGGGGCUCACGCAGGUUCUCGAGGCUCAACCGUUCAGGGCUUCUUACAACUUUUUACCAUUCGGACACCGAACUGCACCGUUCGAGCAAAAGCUUUUACAACGUGAAUUCCUCUGUUGCCUGGUCAAGCACUGGGGGUUCGAAGCUGUGAGCUCCGUCCCCAGACUGAAGGACUUGCGUUUCUGCAAAAACAUCCAGGAGGCUCUGAACCAUUUCGCGGAGUCAGGAGAAGAAAAAUUCUCCAUGCAGGUUGACGAGAAAAUCUACGACAGUGAGGAUCUCCCCAAGAGACAUGAGAUUCCUGUGAGGUCAUUCCACGAUUUCAAAGCCAAGAUCGGAGGGGAUGUCGUAGAAGCGAUGGCCGGCGUCUAUCUCGAAAAAUGCGGACCAGUCGGUGCUCUUCGCUUCUUCAAGUGGAUCGGGAAGGACUUCGGCGAUACCGAAACCAACAACUUCCUGGAUGCAUUCAAGCUCGACUUCUCCGCUGCCCAAAAAGUCCCCCCUGAGCAGAUGAGGCAAUACAGUCAUCUCAUCGAUAAAGUCGAAAGACAGGUCGGCUACAAAUUCAAGAGCAGAGGCUUAGCCCUGCAAGCGAUCACCCACCACUCGUGCAGGGAACAUUUAUUGACCGACGACAUGGACAAGCUGGCAUUCGUGGGUGAGGCGGUCAUCGAUUACUUGCUCACAUUGUACAUUUACGGAUUGAGUACGAGUCUCAAUCCGGGACAGCUGACCGAUCUCCGUAGUGCGCUGAUCAACAAGCAAGUGACCGCGUAUGCUGUCGUUCGCGCCGAACUCCAUACCGUCCUCUUGCACACCAGCAACAAACUCUUCUCGGCAAUCAAGAAGUAUUUGUCGAACUUCGAGGACAUCGGCCUUCGACUCAAUACUGUAAUCGACGAUAGUGAGACCGAUGACUCUGGAGAGGCCGAGAUACCUAGCCCAAUCGCGAGGAUUCUACUGUCUAUCCUAGGAGCUGUUUUCAUCGAUUCUGGGAAGAGUCUCGAGACCGUCUGGUCCAGACUCGUUAGAAUCAUGGGUUACGAAAUCUUGUUGUUCACCAACAAUGUACCGAUUUCGCCUAUCAAAGAGGUUUGUCAGAAAUUCCCGGGAACUUUCUUCUCGAAGGCAAACCCCGUGAUUGGAGGCGAGGACGAUGGCAGAAUUGAAGUCUCGAUGGCCGUGGUCAAGAAGAAUGGUGAAUUGGAAUGGUUCACUUGUAUCGCGGAUAAUAAGAAAAUAGCCAAAGUCGCCCUGGCUAAGAAAUUCCUGAGGGGACUGGAAACCAAGACUAAGCUGGCCGAACUCCAAGAACGCAAGGAGGCUCACGAGACAGAUGAGAGCGUUUCAACCUUGAGCGAUGAUCUCCUCGACUCCGAAGUUCAAAGAUCGAAAUUCUACAGGUCGAAAAGAUGAUUAUCUUUUCUGAUCAGGCAGAUACGGGGAUCGGAUGCUGGGAAUCAUUCUUCCGCUAAGGACUUCCGCAGUCCCAAAUGGAUAUUUCUAUUCUGGACAGCGCGCGUACGGGAGCUCGACGGCGAUAGAAGCAGACGUUGAAUGAUCGAGUUUUUGAUUACGAUAUUUUGGGAAGAUACAGCAGUGGUUUGGUUGCGCACAAUUUUUGAACAGCAGCGAUCAACGCCCAACUGUGACACGCAGAUAACCAAGUGCAGGGUUCCUCUCCUCGCUGCGAGAAUCAUUGGUUCGCCUUCACUAAAUCAUUUUCGGGUGCUCAAAAGGGGU